UAUACCAGUUGGGGGUAUUACACCACUCCUUGAAUACAGUUCCGAGUUAUACAGAACUGGUGGGCGACGCCAAAACUAUUUAUGUAAUAACUUCUUUAAUUCAUGUUUAGUCCUCGAUGUUAACAUAACAGUUCUAAGCCACCGACCGAACGGACGUGCUACAUUAUAUAUGUAGCUUAAUUCCAUGCAAGUGAAUCAGUGGUAACGCCAAAAUGGAAAAGCUCCUGCUUGGGUUGAUACUGUCGAGUAUCGUGGCAUCGAGUUUCGCCUACAUACAGAUUGCUAGUAAAAAGCCGCUAGGCACUCUGUAUAGAUGGAAACAAAUCGAUUAUGCAUACCCCACACCACAAGCUCGCCAGGCUGCUAUCAACAACGGCACACCGCGAUGGAAGAAGGGCACUCCAGCCACGCUAUCAUCUGUGCCCAUUGGUGCUCAAACUGAAUCACCACCCCUAGAACCAUACCCUAACUGGAACUGGCACACUGCAGAUAACUGCACGGGCUUCACUUCGGUAUUCCGUAUGGCCAUAGACCACUGUGGCAUUAUGUGGGCCCUUGACUCUGGUCAGGUGGAAGCUUUUGAAUCACCUCGUCAACUCUGCCCACCCACGUUAUAUGCCAUAAAUCUAGCCACUGAUACAGUCAUAGGACGUUACCCCAUACCAAGUGAAUUUGUUCUGCAAAACUCAUUAAUCACCAACAUCGUGGUAGACUCGAGAGACGUCCGCUGCAGGGACUUACACGUUUACAUAGCAGAUGCAUGGCGUUUUGGCUUGAUCGUAUUUAGAAAUGAAGACACAUCUUUUUGGCGAUUCAGUCACUACAGCUUUUACCCUGAGCCACUACUCUCGAACUAUACUUUACAUGGACUAAACUAUCAGUGGUCUGACGGUCUGUUUGGUAUGUCCCUCGGUAAGUACCACCAAGGCGACCGACCGCUGUACUAUCACUCUAUGUCCAGUUCCUUGGAAUUCGUGGUGAGUACGUCGGUAAUACGCGAUCCGACGCGCGUGAGCAACUCCGUGGGCGAGUUCAAGCUGCUCGGCGACAGUCGCGGUGCGAACGGACAGGUCUCAGCCGCAGCCGUCGACCGCAACGGUGUUAUGUUCUUUAACCUCAUUUCGCGAGACAGUAUCGGAUGUUGGGACACACGCAAACCUUAUACAAACCGGAAUCUGGUGGUAGUAGCCCAGAACAAUAACACAAUGAUCUUUCCAAACGAUUUACGAAUAGAUCACGAAGUACCACAAAUGGCGUGGAUUAUUACUAACAGACUACCGAUGUACCAGUUUAAUUUAAUUAAUCCUAAUGAUUACAAUUACCGUGUCAUGUAUUUAGAUCCAGUGGCAGCUGUUCAGAACAGCGUGUGUCAACCAGAAAUACGUUUAGGUGAUAAUCAAGAUAUUAUGUUGUAAUAAUUGUUAGUUUAGUUUAUUUUAUUUUGUAAAUACAUAAUUAAAUAAAGUCUACAUACAAUU